GGAAAAGUGGUUUUGCCAUUGCUCGCAAUGAUAGGAGUCGUCGUUUGGAAUAGUUUUUUCUACAAGAAAAGAUCAACAGUAAGUAGUAAUGCAGCUCCAUUGUAUAAAAAUAUUCAGUAUAUAUGUGCAAGAUCUGAUGAUGAUGACACAGCGGAGGAUUAUUUGAGCCAGCUACCUGAUGAUGUUUUGCUUUCCAUUCUUGGAAAUUUGACAUUACGCGAAGCUGCUAGGACGACCAUUUUAUCUACUAGGUGGAGAUAUGUGUUUGCCUCUACGCAACUACAACAACAAGAAGCCACAUUUAAAUUCAGAUGCCUCGGUAUGUUUGGGAUUGAUGACCUUUUUGGUCAUUCUCGUUGUUCUUACAAUCAAGAAAAAGAUAAAUUCAUGAAUGGAUUAUACCAGUUUUUAAGACUCCAUUCCGGUCGUAGAGUGGAUUUCAUUGAGUUGUUCUGUUGCUUUGUGAGAGAGUUUCCUAAUGCAUUUACCCAUUGGUUCCAAUCUCUUUCUAGAAUAUGUGUUGAAAGAUUACACCUUUACUUUGCGUGCCCUCGUAUUUACCCCAUCGAGGACUCCAGCAAGUUGUUUAAAUUUUCUCUAGAGGUUCUCUCUCAGGCAUCUUCAUUGAAACAUUUGUAUUUGUCCUACUGCAUUCUGUUAUCAAGUCCCAAAGUCCGCUUUAAUUCCCUCACGACCCUUGUUUUGCAAGGUGUAGCGUUAACAAGCGGACAUCUAGAGGGUAUUCUGUCCUCUUGUUCCAAGCUUGACGAGUUAACUAUUGAGUUUUCUAAACUUCCUGAUAAGCUACGACUCGCUGGUACUGUAAAAAAAGUUGUUAUUUUGGAAUGUGACGGAGGGAAAGAAAUCGAUCUUCAUGCUCCAUAUCUUCAUAGGCUUAAGUGUCAGAUGAAUAACAAAGUAACAUUUUUUUUCUCAUUUGUUCCCAUGCUGGAAAAUGUAAUGGUUUGUCCUGGUUGGGAAAGCCCUUGCUAUUCGUACACAUUUGGUAAUAGUGCUAGAUCUUUACGUGAUCAGGUUAAAUCUUUAACCCUCAAAGUUCACGCUGAUCAGGUAAAAUACUUGCCAAUAGAGAUCCCUACAGAGAUGAAGACGUUCAGAAACAUAAGGAAUUUAAGCUUGAUACUUGUGGCCCGUCAUGCAAUUUCACAGAUACUUGAACUAUCCGAACUCUGGAGUGCUUGUCCGCGUCUUCAAAAUUUCAGCUUGGUGGUAGAAAACUUCUGGGGGAGAAUAGAUAACGUAAGAGGAAGUAGAAGCCCUCUAUCUCCUUCAUGUCACACUGAACUAAAACAAGUUACCUACGGUGGAUUUGAUGGAUCAGAAGUUGAGAUGGAAUUUGUUCUUUCUAUUCUGAAAAGUGCAAUAGUACUUGAGCAAUUGUUUCUCAGCCCUGCGUACGAAGAUCAUUUCAAUAGAUGGGGACGGCGAGUGAAUCGUACAUUCGAUGAAAGAAAGCGCAACUCAAUCCAUCAGAAACUACAUGGACGAGCUAUCUCUAAGAAAGCUGUGGUGAUCAUCCAAUAAGGACCGCAUGCACGCUAGACCCCACGUGUGAUUACAGUUGUACUUUAGCGUAGAGCUUUGUAGUCAUCAGUGGUAGGUAAAUUCGUAAAGUUUAUGGGAGUGUCUAUUUAUUUGUUAUUGCAAAAUGUAUUGUCUUCUUGAGCUGCAUUAUCUUUUCUUUUAAGACAAUUAGUUUCUGGUUUGGCAUGUCAACUAUCAAGCACCCUUUAUUGUGUCUUUAGCCUUGGAGAGUAGUUGGAAGUAUUAGUAUGUAUUCCUUCACUGAAGUCGCUGUUAGUUGUGUUGCAAUUUGUAGUCAUCUUUGUUCAAGUACAUGUCAAUAUGUUGAAGCAAAGGGCCCUGUCUCAGGGACUGCAUGCACAGAUGUUACGACUGCUC